AUGAUUGUAUCAUAUUUUCCAAAAUAUGUGGCCAUUUUGGUGCUGUUUGUCCUGAGAGUUGGUGCACUGGACACUUUUCUUGCUGCAGUGUUUGAGCAUGCUGUUAUAUUACCAAACAGAACAGAAACACCUGUGCUAAAAGAAGCAGCUUUGCUCCUGAUGAACAAGAAUAUAGAUGUUUUAGAGAAAGCACUUAAACUGGCAGCCAAGCAGGGCGCACAUAUCAUUGUGACCCCAGAAGAUGGAAUUUAUGGCUGGGUCCUCACAAGGGAGACCAUUUAUCCCUAUCUGGAGUAUAUCCCAGACCCUGAAGCAAACUGGAUUCCAGGCAGAGACCCCAGAGGCAGUAUUUAUUGAAUUAGGCUUGGCUGGACCCCUUUGCAACAAAAACUCAGCUGUCUGGCCAAGGACAACUCCAUCUACAUUGUGGCAAAUAUCGGGGACAAAAAUCCGUGUAAUGCCAGUGACCCUCAGUGUCCCCCUGAUGGUCAUUACCAAUACAACACUGAUGUGGUGUUUAAUUCUGAGGGCAGGCUUAUGGCCCACUAUCAUAAGUUCAAUCUUUUUGCACCUGAAGUUCAGUUUGAUUUUCCCAAGGAUUCGGAACAUGUGACUCCCAACACUCCCUUUGGGACGCUGGGCAUUUUCACUUGUUUUGACAUUCUCUCUCAUGGCCCGGCUGCGGUGGUGGUGGAAGAGUUCCGGGUUGACAGCAUCUUCUGCCCCAAGGCCUGUACAAUACCCUGCCCGGCCUCUCAGUGUGGGCCCUUCCGUUCCCCCUUCUGUUCAGCAUGGGCCCGCGCCCUGCGAGGCAACCUGCUUGCUGCCGAACCCACAACACCAGAUGCACAGGACCAGUACCUCCCCUGAGUCCUGCCCCAAAGGGCAGCCACAGUCUUGGGACGCCUUCACUUUCAAGCCAUGCAUUGCUUUAAUGAUUCUCCCUCCCCCCCCAAAUUUAUUAAUUAAAUAUUUAUUUAUUUUUGAUUGGCUGGGUCUUCCUUGCUGUGAGCAGGCUUUCUCUAGUUGCCGCCAGCAGGGGUUACUCUUCCCUGGGGCGCACAAGCUUCUCAUUGCAGUGGCUGCUUUUGUUGUGAGGGUACGGGCUUCAUUAGUUGUGGUGCGUAUGUUUAGUUGCUCUGAGGCAUGUGGCAUCUUCCCAGACCAGGGAUCAA